AUGAUAUUCAUUGCCAUUGCAAAUUCUGCUGCAACAACAGUAGCAAAGGUGGUUGGGACUCCAAAUAGACCAACAUCCAUACUUCUCCCUUCGUAUAUCAUGUAUCAAGCACAAAAGGCUACAAUACGAUACUUCAAAUCUCUUAUUCUAGUGGAAUUUCCCAGCAUGCAAACAAGUUCCGUUAAAUCUACUCAGCUGUGCCCAUGGUCGUCAGGAAAAUACUCACUAGCCUUACUCAAGGUCAAUGGUCAUUCGCAAGGACAUCAAUAUGAUUUGCUCAGUCAAGCUAAAAGUGACCCGAAUAGGGCCGCAAAACGAUGCUUCAAACCUCAAAUGCAAGUGUAA